CAGAUGGUCACUCAUUUGAUCUGACACGUGGUUUGUGGAUUUCAGAGCGCUUGUACCACUGACAUUAGCAAGUCAAUUGAUAUGUUUGAGGUGACCAGGUUAUGCCCUGGGAGGACAUCACUCUCUGACGGAUUUAAUUUCGGGAUUAUUAGGGCUUGGGCAUAGCGAGGGCAAAUUCUAUUCCAUUUGUAGUCUAUUGCUCUUUUCGAAUCCAUUAUCAUAGGAAAUGUUUCACAAAUGCUCACCUCUUGUGCCCUCAAAUACUAAGUGCGUUAUUUUUUAUUUUUUUUGAAUUGCUUGACGCUAAUGGCACUGACGUGUAUGUCUGACGUGAAUGAAGUGCGAGACCGGCGAUAUAGCGCCUUACUUGCAACCAGACGCCCACAUCUCUUCCUUUCUGCAUGCGAGAAUGGACAAUAAUCACAGACUAGAGAGAUAAUGCGGAGAAAAAGCUUUUGUGUGUGCGUGUGUGUGAGAGUGUGUGUGUAAUGAUGGGGUGGCAGGCAUAGUAAUUAAAUGCAAAUGAGAGCGCCGCGCACCUGAUGCCAUCUCGCGCCCCUCCGCAGGAACAUAAAGCCACGGCACGGACACACGAGCCCAGAAGGAUCGCCGUCCGAGUCCAGCCGACAUGUCGGUGCUCAGCGCUUUGCCUGUCUUCAAGCCGGUAGCCUCCCCUGGCCACCAGAGGCGCCACACCCUACCGGCCAGCGAAUUCCGCAGCCUAACACCUGAAGAUGCCAUCAGUGUCUUCGAGAUCGAGAGGGAAGCCUUCAUCUUGGUUUCGGGGGAGUGUCCGCUACACUUGGAUGAGGUGCGCCACUUCCUGAGUGUCUGUGCAGAACUUUCAUUGGGCUGGUUUGAGGAAGGAAGACUGGUGGCGUUCAUAAUUGGCUCACUGUGGGAUCAGGAGAAGCUGUCAACGGAGGCCCUGACCCUACACAAACCACAGGGGACCACUGUCCACAUCCACGUCCUUGCAGUUCAUCGCACGUUUCGUCAACAAGGAAAGGGCUCCAUCCUCAUGUGGCGUUACCUUCAGUACCUGCGUAGCCUGCCCUAUGUGCGUCGAGCAGUCCUCAUGUGUGAAGACUUCCUUGUACCCUUCUAUCAGAAAUUGGGCUUCAACGUGCAGGGUCCUUCAGAGGUCACUGUGGGGCCCCUCACAUUCAUCGAGAUGCAGUAUGCAGUGAGGGGACAUGCUUUUGUGCGACGCUAUAGUGGCUGUUAGAGAGACAACUUGAUUUCUGCUAAGUCGCCCCUAGGUGUUUUCUGUGUUGCUACUCUGUGCUCAUCACAAGUUCCCCAGUUCCGAGGUCUGGGCCCCUGGUGGUUUUGGACACUUGCUUUUUGUCAUGUCUGCUUCUUGUAGUUCACUACUGUAUUGACUGAAGGAAGCAUUAAAAAAGGAAAAAAAAAAUGUCUAAGUGACCCCUUGUGUAUGCUGAGGCCUCCUGUGGUGAGAAGCUGACCAUGCAUGUGGGAUCUAUGUAUAAAACGCUGCCCAGCCAUUGAGGGCUAGACAGGGCUGCAGCCAAGCACUCAACAGUACAUGGAAAGCUUAAAAAGAGCAUAUCAUACACCCACUUGAGGAUUUUAUAAAAAAACGUUUUUUGUAAUUUUUAGACAAAUAAAAUCUGUAUUUCUUA